AUGCAGGACGAGGACGAGGAGCGCGGCGGCGGCCCGCGGCGGCCUGGCGGGGGCGGCCGGGCACCGGGAGCCCCGGCACCGGGAGGCGGCCUGGGCGGCGAGGCCGCGCGCCCCUGGGCCCCCGAGGACGCCUGGAUCGGCUCGCACCCCAAGUACGUGGAGAUGAUGGAGCUGGGCAUUGGAGACGCCGCCCAGGUGCACGUGGCGUUCUUGGUCUACCUGGACCUCAUGGAGAGUAAAAGCUGGCACGAGGUGAGCUGUGUGGGCCUGCGCGAGCUGCAGCUCCUCUGCCUGGUGGGCACGGAGAUCCAGGGUGAGGGCCUGCAGACCAUUGUGCCCACACGCGUCACGGCGUCCCUCAGCCACAACAGGAUCAGGGAGAUCUUGAAGGCAUCUCGGAAGCUGCGGGGAGACCCGGACUUGCCAAUGUCCUUCACUUUGGCCAUAGUGGAGUCAGACUCGACGAUCGUCUAUUACAGACUGACGGAUGGGUUCACACUUCCGGACCCUCAGAAUGUGCCCUUUAGAAGAUGACUGGCACUGCUCACACUGCCCACGCAGGAUCAGCUCGGAGACCCCCAGCCCGCUCCAGCUUCACCUCCUACAGCAAGGGUGCCCCAGCCGAAGUGCUUCCUUCCCAGGGAACAGAGCCCUGCCAGGACGGGCCUUUGGGAGUGUUAGAGGAGGGGGCCGGAGACUGACCUGGUGGGGACAGGGUCACCCACACCUGUGCGGCUGCUGCCAGCCUGGGCUCCAGGGUGCCUGGGGCUGCCCUCUGGCUCCACCCCUCUGCAGACUCCCAACCCCUGAGCCCGGAGUGGGCUUCUUUCCCAGCUCCACCCUCCCAGGGAGGACAGGCCCUUGCUCUGCUGAAGCCCCGCCCAUCCCUCACGGCUGACGCUGAGCUGGACGUGUAGUGUGCAACCCCGGCCCAGGACACAGCCAGCCAAGACACGGUGCCUCCUGUGUGGCCCUGUCACCUGCUCAUCCUCAGGGCUGGCAUGUCACCCGGGGAGAGAGGAGCAGGUCCGCCUCGCCUGUCUCCUAGGUAGGCCCGGCUGUGCUGCUUCUGCUGCCCCCAGUGGGAAACAUGCCGAGCUGCUGAGCCGGCCACUCAGCGGCUCAGGUCAGGAACCAGUCAGAAGCACAAGCAGGGGGCAGCUGGCUUGGUCCAGGAAGUGCCCAGAAAUGACUGUCUCGGGCUCUGCGGAUGCUCCUGUCUGGGGCGUGGGGGCAGCACGAUGGGCACGCACUGCCAGGGCCUAGAGCACCUUGGGAGCAGGUGUGUGUGCUCACUGGCAGGUGGUGGUGAGCGCCACACCUUGGGGUGGGGGGAGAGGGCGGGCAAAGGGCAGGGCCCCCCACCGCACAGCCCUGACCGGGUGGGAAGUGGAUGGAGCCCUUGUUCCUUUAUAGUCCCUGCUCCUCCUUUGUACGACUUUUAUAAUAAAACGUUUUCACAUAAAG